AUGUCGAGCCGUGUCGUGUAUCGUGCCAUAAAGACCACGUUUGGCGAAAUAUUUAAAGUGGGCUCAGAGAAACGCGUGAACGGAGAUGGUCUGGCACCUGUGCUUUUCAAACUAGCACUGGAUAGAGUACUAAGAGGGACAGAGAUUGAUACCAAUGGCACUCUGAUGAACAAAACACAGCAGAUCCUUGGUUAUGCAGAUGAUCUGGACCUCGCGGGAAGAUCAGUGGCUGCAGUCGAAGAUGCGUUAGAGAAACUGGAAGGGGCAGCAGCAGAAGUUGGUUUGAAAGUCAAUAAAGAGAAGACCAAGUUUAUGAAACAAAGAAGAUGUCAGCAAAAUAGAUUGAGACAACACUUUGAAGUGGGUGAUUACAGAUUUGAAACUGUCAGUGACUUCACCUAUCUGGGAUUUAAUGUGGCAGAUGAUAAUGAUGAAAUGAAAGAAGUUCAGAUAAGAUUAAGCAUGGCAAAUAGCACUUACUUCCCUCUGUUGAAGAUAUUCAAAUCCAGAAAUGUCCACAGAAAAACCAAGGAGUAUGGAAGUGUCGCUAAACCUAGAAAUGAACUUCAACGAGCCAUCAAAACUCCAGAAAUAUCAAAAGAAGCUACAAGUUUGAGAGAUAUUGCUGUAAAAAUAAAUAAACAACGACAAUUACAACCAAAUGACAAUCACUCAAAUGGGAGGACUCUAUUAAUUAUUGGGAGUAAAGGCAGUGGUAAAACAAGCUUGAUAAACAAGUUUUUGGAUAGAAAUGAAGCAGAAAAACCAACCCUGGCAUUGGAAUAUUGCUUUGGAAGGAAGGCUGGAAAAAGCCUGGUGAAGGAUGUUUGUCAUAUGUGGGAAUUGGGCGGCGGUACGCUCUUCACUAGUCUGUUGUUGAAUUCUGGGCCAUUGGACGAUGUGGAUAACAUGACAGCAAUCAUGAUGCUUGACUUAUCUGCCUUGGAAAGCCUCUGGGCCACAAUGGAAAUCCUGUUGACGUCUUUGAAAACAACAAUUUUGAAAAAGCAAAAGGAUCCGAAGAUGUUGAUUGAGAGAGCUAAGAACCGGGUUCCUCACGAACAUCCAGAUAGAUUGAGAAUGGAUCCUUUUCCAGUUCCAUUAGUGAUCAUUGGUGGAAAGUAUGACCAAUUUCAGGAUUAUGAGCCAGAGAAAAAGAAGAUAGUUUGCCGAUGUUUGCGAUAUGUCGCGCAUUUCUACAAUGCAACUCUGUUUUUCUACAGUGCAAAAGAUUCCGGAUUAGUCAAGAGAAGUCGUGAAAUACUCAAUCAUUUUGGUUUUGGUACACCAUCAAUAAAAACAGUUUUACAGGACUUCGGCAAACCCUUGUUGAUUCCAGCUGGCUCUGAUAUUCUUGAAAGUAUUGAAGGAUUGGGUUCAAACAACAAGUCUUGGACUAUGGACAAAUAUAAACACAUCUUCACAACACAUUUUCAUCAGGUACCUACGUGCAGUAGAACAUUCCAUAUUCAACCAGCUCUGAAUUUUCAAAUUCAUUUAUAUUUUUAUAUGAAACUUUGUUUGGAAUUGAUUUGUAUUCACAGGUUUUACUAUCAAACCUUCUUGAUUUCUCAUUUUCUUAGAAAAACAGUUUUACAGGACUUCGGCAAACCCUUGUUGAUUCCAGCUGGCUCUGAUAUUCUUGAAAGUAUUGAAGGAUUGGGUUCAAACAACAAGUCUUGGACUAUGGACAAAUAUAAACACAUCUUCACAACACAUUUUCAUCAGGAGACUGUUAAAUCAACAGCCAGCUCAGAAGAUCCUGCUCAGGAUCCCAAUUUUCGAGAACCAUUGAUAGAUGCUCUCAGGAUUCAAAAAGAUGAGGAGCUAGAAAGAUAUUGUCAAGAGCUCGAAAGAAGACAAAAGAUGAAAGCAACAGUGUAUUGAGGGGAGAGACAUUCCAAGUUUAAAUCAUCUAUUUUCAAAUAAGAAUAAGUGCAAGUCUAUUUCGAAUGUUGAAAUGCCCUUUACAGAAACAUUUAUAAUAAAUACAGUAUUGAAAUAGUAAAGAGAAUUGCCGGUAAUACAUUUUAUUUAUGUCUUGCAUGGUGUGUUCCAUAUUUGUUUGACCAUUGAUUGGGCUGUAAUUCUAUGUUGAGAAUAAAUUACUAUAAUAGUUUUGAAGUGUUCAGUGAGUAUAUUUGGAUAUUGACAUAUUAUAAAGUCGAUGCAGUAAAUUGAAUGUACGAAGAAGGAGUGCAUCCUAACUGGCUGAAGGUUGGUCAUAACUAAUUUUCGUGAGAGUACGAAGAAGGCGCGCGUCAUUUCAGUGCGCUCCUUCUUUGUUCCUUCAUAGUUGCUGCGACUUUUUCUACCUGUUCUCUACCUGCUUUCAUGAAAUUAUGAUAAUAUAUAUAAAUAUACAUGCUACUACUUA